AUGGCCAUUACAAAAGUCGCCGUCGCCGGAGGAACUGGCAACCUCGGUCCAGCAGUCGUCAACGCUCUAGUAGAAGCCAACUUCCAAGUCACUCUCCUUAGUCGCUCCUCGACAAACGAAAUCAACUCCCAAGUAAAGACCCAAGUGGUCGACUACAACUCCCUGGACUCCCUCGUCACAGCUCUCACAGGCCAAGACGCAGUUGUCGACGUCCUCCCCUCAGGAUCAAUCCCCGUCGAAUUCCCUCUCCGCCUCAUCGAAGCCGCACACAAAGCCGGAGUCCAGCGCUACAUCCCGUCCGAAUAUGGCUGUGACACCUUCCAUCCCCUCACCUCUAAGCUACCCGUCUUCGCUGACAAGGUCACCGUCAUCAACCGACUGAAGGAGAUCUCGGCACAAGAUAGUGCAUUCACCUACACACCCAUCAUUACGGGACCCUUCUUCGACUGGGGAUUAAAGAUGAAGUUCACAAUCAACCUAUCCGGACCAUCAACUCCCAUAUACGACGGCGGCGAUUCGCCAUUUAGCACAACCACCCUUGCAGGUAUCGGACGUGCGAUCGCCGGUGUAUUGGAGCAUCCUGAGGAGACGAAGAACCGGACAGUAUACGUCUCACAGGCAGAAAUAACACAGAAUAAACUUCUGGCGUGGUCUGGGAAGACAAUUGAGCGGGAGGAUAUUAGUACUGCGGAUUUGGAGAAGAAGGCGUACGAGGCUGUUAAGCUUUCACCGCCUGAUUUCAGGACUUUUGCGGUGAAUUUGAUUCGACUGGCGGUUUUUAAUCCUGCUUAUGGGAGUGCGUUUGCCAAGACGGAUAAUGAGUUGCUUGGGGUUCAUAGGUUUUCGGAGGCUGAGAUUGUGGAUUUGGUUAAACAAUACUCUUGA